UUCAUUCAAUCCAUCAAAUCUCGGCCAAGGUCUUCACAGAACAGCUGUUUUUAUACUUAAUCAAAAUCACCAACAGGUGGACUCGGUUUAAUGAUUAGGUGAUUUAUAAAAGCAAUUGGUUGCAAUAAUAAUGUUUUAUGAGGCAACAGUAUAAAAGAGGCUGUAUACCAGUCGGAUUUUUACUUACAUGACACGUUCCCUCCACUUCACACAUUUUCAGUACAUUGUGUUGGAUUACUACAAAAGCUCCUAAUCAAUACGUGGAUGUUUGUGAUCAUUUACACGCAAAAGAGUUUAAUGGAUUUAGAUUCUAGCCAGGCUGAAAAGUUGAGAACAAACAGUACUGCAAUUCCUUUGAGUAAGCAGUCUUUUCACUCCUAAUUUGAAAUUUACUGCUUUGACAUUCCCUAGAAAGAGAGCAAAUAAAUGCUUCCUACAUUGUAUCCAAAUUAAUAAAACUGUAAUAGAUUUAUUACUACUCAGAAAACUUAGGUCAUUUAUGCAGCUUUUUAUGAUUCAUCAGUAACUCUUCAUCUUAUCACUUGUUGCUUCUGUAAUGUAGUCAGUACACAGUCAGCAUGAUGUUUAAUCAUGUGUUGCUUUGUGAGCUCCAUUCACCUUUUUCGGGCCAAGUGACGCUGAUUCCUCCCUCUUUACUGCACUUCCUGAGAAAUUAAAGCCGUAAAAAAAAAAAAAAACUGCCUGUUAAUUAGUGAUAAGUUGUUUUGAGGGCAAAGAGUAUAUCUUCCUGCAGCGUGUUUUACAGCUCAGCAUUUGCCAGCUGGGUUUGGGAGGACGCAGAAUAAUGGAAGAGAACGGUGUCAAGCUGAACAACCUAACCCAAAGCCAUGGAAUUGGCAUCGACAACCAGGCUUUUGAAGUUGGGGAGGAGAACAUUGUUGACACUGACAGCAUCAGAAGUCAGUCUGUAAGGACUAAAAAGAAACUGACAUCAUACCUCAGUAAGGUUUCUGCGCCAAUUAAUGCCACAGAGCGGUACAUCAAGGAUCACUCAAGAAUCUUCAAGUACAUUGUGCUGGGCUUACUCGGAGCAGGUUAUGUGGCGUACUUUAUUGCUGCUUGCGUGCUGGAUUUCCAAAGGGCCACCGCUCUUGUGGUCCUAACUUGUGUGGCAAUUGCUGCAGUAUCUUACGAGCUUGUGAAGAAGCACAAGGGGAAAAGCAUCAGUCGGUGUUUCAAACCUGCAGUUCGAUGCUUCAAAUCCAACCUGAAAUGGCUAAAAUGGGUUUUCAUCCUAGCAGUCAUUGUCCUGCUUGUGGUGUGGCUCGUUUUAGACACAAGAAAGCGUCCCGAGCAGCUUAUCUCAUUCGGAGGUGUGUGCAUGUUUAUCGUGCUUUUAUUCCUCUUCUCAGCUCACAGGGCAAUGAUCUCAUGGAGGCCAGUGCUUUGGGGUCUGGGACUGCAGUUCUGUAUUGGACUGUUUGUUAUAAGAACACAACCAGGUCUUAUAGCCUUCGACUGGCUUGGAGAACAAGUGCAGAUAUUCCUUGACUACACCAAAGAAGGCUCAAGGUUUGUUUUUGGUGACCUGAUUGACAACAUCUUUGCCUUUCAAGCUUUGCCCAUCGUUGUGUUCUUCAGCAGCGUUAUGUCUGUCCUUUACUUUCUGGGUGUGAUGCAGUGGCUUAUUUUAAAGAUCUCAUGGGCCAUGCAGAUAACGCUGGGAACCUCGCCCACUGAGACCUUGAGCGUGGCAGGAAACAUAUUUGUUGGGCAGACUGAAGCUCCGCUGCUGAUUCGACCGUAUUUGAAGGACAUGACCAAAUCAGAGAUCCAUGCAGUGAUGACAGGUGGAUUUGCCACUAUAGCAGGCAGCGUCAUGGGGGCUUUCAUCUCAUUUGGGAUUGACGCAUCUUCCCUGAUAUCAGCUUCUGUGAUGGCCGCUCCGUGUGCUCUGGCUAUUUCGAAGCUCUCUUAUCCCGAGACGGAAGAGAGUAAGUUUAAUUCAGACAAGAACAUCAAAGUGGCUGCUGGUGAUGAACAGAACAUUUUGGAGGCCGUCAGCAGCGGUGCAUCUUCAUCCAUAGGCCUGGUUGCCAACAUUGCCGCUAAUCUGAUAGCAUUUCUUGCCAUCUUGGGCUUCAUAAACAGUGCUUUGAGUUGGGCUGGAGGUAUGGUGGGAUAUCCUGAAAUCACCUUUGAGGUAACAGAAGCCAGACUUGCUGCAUUACAACUAAGUAUUGCUGUGGAAUUGACUGAUUCACACGUUUUAAGGUACCUAUUUAUCUUUGUUGGUUGUUGUUGUUGCUUGCAGUUAAUCUGCUCAUAUGUGUUCAUGCCCAUCACCUUUAUGAUGGGUAUACCAUAUGACGAGAGUUUCAUCGUGGCUGAGCUCAUUGGUACAAAGCUCUUCCUCAACGAGUUUGUCGCUUACCAGAAGCUUUCUGAGCUGAAGGCUAACAGACUCAAUGGGCUUGAUGAAGUGAUUGGAGGCGAAAGACAGUGGAUAUCUGUCCGAUCAGAAAUAAUCACAACGUAUGCUCUCUGCGGGUUUGCCAAUUUCAGCUCACUCGGCAUUGUGAUAGGAGGCCUCUCUGCCAUAUGCCCAUCAAAAAGAGGCAUUAUCUCAUCUCUGGUGCUGAGAGCCAUGAUCACUGGGACUUGCGUGUCUCUUGUCAAUGCUUGCAUUGCUGGACUCCUCUUCGUUCCUCCACUCGACUGCGUACAGUUGUUUAAAGCAUCGGCUUUCGAUGCCGCUGAUGAAAGUAUUCAAAAAUGCUGCCAAGACUUAUUUCAAAGCACCACAAACAACGGGACCAUCUGGUUUGAAGAACCGUGGAACACUGUUCAAAACGUCACAUUAUUUUUCUCAAACUGUUGCCGGUGUUGUGGCCUUUCUAAUGUGACAGUUUGUGAAUAGACAUGAGCAGCGCAAAGAAAACUAGCAAUCGUCAUGAGGUUUACACUUAAAGUCAUUCGAUGCUUCUAAACGUCUUAUAACAAAGAAAAUGAGUCGUAGUGAGGGGCCACCUGUUGAUGAGGUGGCAAAUAUGGCAAUGAAGAAGCUACUGUCAUUCCAAAGUUAUGAAAAAAAAUGUUGGGUGAAUUAGUGUUUUUUUCUCUGUCUGAAUUAUGCAAGUUCUGUGAAAAAGUGGUUAUUUUAUUUUUUUAUUUAUUUAGAAAUUGCAAUGUCAUAAAUUAAAAUCCAAGCAUUUUUGUCAUCAUAAAGAGAUGAUUUUCCACGCAUUUAUAUGGCGGAGGCAAAUAAAAAAUUGGUCGUUUUUUCCCCCUGUCCCUCAGCAUGGUUUCAUAUGUUGACCACAGGGGGCGCUCUUUCUUCUGUACGCCUCAAAUAUGUUUUCUUAUGUAGCCAUCCCACACAAAUGUGUUUAUGUAAAAUAAACACAUUUGAUGACUUUAAAUCAGGUAUUUUAUUUUAAAAAGUCACGUUUUCAUUACGUUGGGAGGCAGAACGCACUCAGAUACAUUACAUUACAGGGCGACCCAUACUUUGCUAAAGUAAUUAAGGUUUGGAGGACGUCAGAAAUGAGAAGAUUUACCAAUUUUUGGUUCCUGUUUGCUGAUGAUUUGAUGUUCUUUUUAUUUUAAAAUUGUCAAGAAAUUAAAACCAAUUUAAUAUGAUUCUUCAAAAAAAAAAAAAAAUCAAAUAACCACUUUUUUAUUAUUACUAAAUUCUGAUGAAAUAAUCUGAUAACCAAAGCAUGCACAGAUUCAGCUGUUAAUUAUCAAAUUUAUUUGGAUUAUUUUCAUUUUCUGCAGACAGAACAGUCUAUUUUUCUGUAUUUGUAUAUGUGUUUCAGAUUUUAUGAAAACUGUAAAGGCUUUAUUGUCGGUCAAUAAGAAUGAUCUUUGGAUCUCCCACAUAUAUAUAUAUAUUUGCAGUAAUUUAAUUUAUUUAAAACCAGUGAUUUAAUGUACUUAUCUUGGUAUAUAAUUGUGUGAAUGUAAAAAGGUUAAAUACAGUUGUGCAUGGAAGUUUUAAUACUACUGAGAAUUGUAAAGAAGACAAGCUAUUAAAUAUAUUUGUAAAAAAAAAGUAGUGAAUGGAUUAGGUUUUAUGCAUUUAUUUAAAAAAGAAAAAAAUAGUUUAGCUGACAUUCUGUAACAUACCCACGAGAGACACACUGCCAGUCUUCUACAUUUUCUUCCUCAAGAAUAUUUGACUUUUCUUCAUAUAGAUAUUCGAUUUUUGUCCUUUAUAUGUACACAUGAAAACAACAUUUGUAUCAUUUAAAACAUUUCUCCUUUGUUCUUCUUUCUGCCAGCAUUACAGCUUUAUGCCAUUUGGGGAAAUAAUUAAGCCACAGCUUUGGGUGAAACUUCAUCAAUCAUUAGCGCUGAACCCAUUCCAGAAAUUCCUCAGCGUCUCCCUUUUCAAUAUCAAUUGUAAAAAGACUGCAGCCUCUUUCAGCAUUUUAAAUUAAAUAUUUGAGUGAGCCAAUUAGAUUACAAUACAAGUGCCUAUUUUUGUCCAUGCAGGCUGAACAGGACAAGUCAAAAAAGGCUUUUGCUUGAUGGUUUUUGAUUUUCUAAUGAAAUCUGAAUCUUGUUACUUAAAGAAGGUGUGGGGCAAUCGUGCUACGACAUUGAAAGGGGGAUUUAUUUUUACAAUGUCAACACAUGUUUGCCAACAUUCUUAAUAAACAUGGGAGGUCAUUAUCAUUCCCUGGACGUUCACUGAGAUCGUGCUACUUUCAAGCGUAGAUUUUGCAGAUCGGUUUACAAAAGCAUAACUUGAAGCUCU